CUCAUUAGAGUAGCAGAGGCUAAACUUCCUUAUCCUAAAAAAGAAAAAAAACUUGCACUCUUUCCAGAAUGUAUGCAAUGUGCAUUAACACAGCCAAAACAUUUAUUUAAAAGCCAAAAUGUCCGUAGUAAGACACAAGGGUUAAUGUAGGUGCUUCAUCACAAUCUUGUUAAACCUCUGACUCAGCUCCUUUCUUCUUCCCGAUGCCUCAGCUAUGGGAAAACAAACUGAUGCAGUCCAAGGCAGUGGAGGGCUUCCACACGGAGGAGCAGGCAGCCUUGCAGGCCGUCGCGCAGCAGCAACAACAACAACAACAACAACAACAACAACAACAUCAACAGCAGCAGCAGCAACAACAACAACAGCAGCAGCAACAACAGCAUCAUCAGGUGCAUCAUCAGGUGCAGCAUCAGGUGCAGAUCCAACAGGUGCAGCAGGUGCAGCAGCAAGCCCAGGCCCAGCAGGUCAUCCAGCAGCAGCAAGCUUCCCAGCAGCAAGUCAUUGUCCAGGAUCCCAAGAUCCUACAGCACAUGAAUGCAACGGGCAUGGUAAGUAGAUGA